AUGGAAUACAGUUCCAGGAAGUCGGUGGUUGCUGCAAUUAGAAGAUACACUAUCGUUAGAGGAGUUGACUACGAUGUGUAUGAGUCUGAGCCACAGACCUUCUAUGCAAAAUGCAAGAUGUAUGGGCGUGGGUGCGAUUGGCUUAUCCGAGCCAGCUUGAUACGGAAAAAAGAUUGUUGGGAGAUACGCAGAUACAAUGGAAGGCACACGUGCACAAUGGGAGCGAUUUCACAGGAUCAUUCCAAGUUGGACUCGGAUACCGUUGCUGAUAGUAUAAUGCCGUUAGUCGAGACUGACCCGUCAAUCAAGGUGAAAUCUAUAAUAGCGGAAGUCCAGUCAAGGUUCAACUAUACCAUCAGUUACCGAAAGGCUUGGUUGGCAAAGCAGAAGUCCAUAGCGAAGGUUUUUGGUGGUUGGGAGGAUUUGUACCAAGCCUUGCCAUGGUGGCUCUCGGUCAUGGUUCAGAAGAUACCCGGGUCAGUUGUGCAAAUAGAAACACGCCUACUGUACAACGGGAAUGAGGAGGCACAAGGUGUAAAAAUACUUCAUCGCGUAUUUUGGAGCUUCAAUCCAUGCGUUAGGGCAUUUAGGCAUUGCAAGCCUCUAGUUCAGGUGGACGGCACACACUUAUACGGAAAAUACAAAGGAACACUCCUGGUCGCUGUUGCACAAGAUGUGAACCAGAACAUUGUGCCUAUAGCUUUUGCGCUGGUGGAAGGGGAGACAGCUGAUGCGUGA